CAGAGCCCCCAACCCCAUGAGAGGGCCAGUUGGUGAGGAGAGAGCGAGUGACCACAGGGGAGAUGUUCAACAGCCCAGCCGCCGCCAGAAUUAUCCGAAAACCGGACACGUUCGGGAGUUCAGCUGGGACCGGUUCUCCGAGUCUGGAUCCGGGGGUCGUGAACCGGCCCGGACAAUAAAAAGAGAGGAAGUGUGACGAAGGAUCGUGGAGCUCGCUGGGGAAGAGGCUGGGGUCGUUCUGUCUGGAGCAAAGACCCGAUGGAGACAAGGAACAAAGGCCACUGUCUCCGAAACACCUCACUCCCAGGAAGCUUCCUUGGUAUUGGAUGUCCCAGGCUGAGCUCCCAUGUUCACCUCAGCUCCUGAAACAAAGUGAAUUUUGAAAGAGGUGAGAGCAGAAGGAUCUGUGGAGAGCACCAUGCAGAAUCGGCACUGUGUAACCCAAAGCCUGGGGCUACUGGUGGUCCAUUUCAUGGUCCUCAGUCUGGGCCAAAAGCCAGAAGCUUGCAACCUGCCAGUGGAUGAAGGUCAGAUGGGAGAUAAUCCUUCCGUGAAUUUUUAUUACAACAUAAAUACGGACCGCUGUAAUAUUUUUGCGUACAGAGGAGCAGGAGGAAAUGCAAAUCGCUUUGCCACUGACAAGUCCUGCAUGAGGAACUGCUCGGACCAUGCAGAUGAGAUCUAUCCAGAGGGUGUCCAGGCUUGCCUGCUGCCAAAGGACCAGGGGGAAUGCAAGGGGCGGCACCUGAUGUUUUACUUUGACCUCGCCAAGAAGAAGUGCAAGAGCUUCUUGUACGGAGGGUGCGGAGGAAAUGGGAACCGAUUCUUAUUAUCCGGCAGGUGUAACGAAUUCUGUGCCAGCUGGAUGGGAGGAGCACCUGGUGAGGCCGAUGAUGAAUCAGAGGUGGACGAAGGGCUGGCUGUCGGAUUGGGAAUGGGAUGUGCCGUGGUUGUCACUUUCAUUGUCGCACUUGCUGUGUUCUUCACCCAGAGAGUGAAAAGGGAACAGAAGCCAGUAAGAAAGAACCUAGAGGAACCACUAACCAAAGGGAUCGAAAUGAAAUGAAAUGGAAGAACUAAAUCAAUAAAACUCCAAGCUUGG